CCUGAGUAAAACAGACUGCCGAGUUGGGAAAACGGUGUGGUUACAUUCCACUAUCAUUCUAGUUUCUCCCGCGUUCAAACAGUCAGUCUAGUGCUUUUUCAGAGGCAAGUAAAUCUAAGAAAUUAUACUUUGAUUUAGGAGACAGAGCGCAUGUAAUUUCACGGAUUCCUGUGGCUGUCACCCUGUCUAUGCUGUCACCCCACCGAUUGAUAUGUAACAUUGUAGCUAUCGCAAUAAAGUCCAGCUGGCAUAACUAUUUCUUAUCGAUGUUCUGUCGAAGUAGAACCGAGCCAUUGUUCACCAAGCCUGUUUGGUAAUUAUGAACGUGGAAGUGGAACGGAAAUUUGUGUGUGAUCCAGACAUUCAGAAAAAGUUAAAGGACAUUGGAGCUGUGUGCAUUGGCCAACGGCGAUUUCAAGACCAAUAUUUUGAUUCCUCAGACUUUGACCUCACCUUAAAGGACUUCUGGUUGCGAAGCAGGGAAGGUUGCUGGGAACUCAAAUGUCCUGUGCCCAAGAAAACCACAAAUAUUCAGAAAGACAGUAAGGCAGAGGGACUGUGUUCGCGCUAUAGGGAGAUAACUAGUUUACCUGAAAUAAAGGCUGAACUGACAAAGGUUAUGACAGAGAGACUGGCCAAUGAUAACACAGAGAGUGAUGCUGGAAUGGGUGCGUGUGACCCAUGGGAGGACUGGCUGAAGGGGAUGAGUUUGACUUGCUUUGCCAAGUACACCACUGAGAGAUGUUCAUUUUCGCUGGAGGAGGAGGGAGAGGAGGGGGCAGUACGUGUUGAUCUCGACCAGGCUGACUUUGGAUACUGUGUAGGCGAGAUUGAGAUACUAGUGCCAGAUGGAGUUGACACCCAGGCUGCUCUACAGAGAAUUGAAAGAACUGCUGACAAACUUGGACUUUGUGGUGACCAGAGAGUUCAAGGGAAAAUGGAUGUCUAUCUACAGAGAUACAGCCCUGAUCAUUAUACUAAACUACUUGCUGCUCAUAUAUUGUAGAACUGGGACGUUUUCAAGGACUACAUUGAGACUGUUCUGCAACUGGCUGUCAAACCAAUUGGUUUGAAGAGAUGUAAAAUAUACAGACGCAUUGUUUGAACAUUGAUUUACAACUACCUCUGUUGAAAUGCACAGCGUUGCAAGCUAUGGAACACAAUACUGUGAGCACACUAUUAGAAGGCCUAUGGUGAGCACUUUCUCCACAUAUAGAAAACUUAAAUCAAUAGGAUAGGCCUACCAAUUUAGUCCAGAGAGGAUACUUGUAAGAAAUGUAAAUGCAUAGGCUAUAUGCCAUCCAACAUGAAUACGGUUUAAUAAGUCAUGAAUUCUACUAAUUCUGCCAUUUUCAUUUGUGCUAAUGAACUAAUAAAGCAAAAACACAA